UUAAGUUUACGUGUAGGUACGUAUUUAACGAAUUGACGCAUAUCUUUUCAGAACUUCAAAGAUAUCGUAAUAAAGAACUGUUAUAUAUUGAAGGAAAAAGUUUUAUGUUUCUGUUAAAAGACAGAAUGUGGGAUGAAAGGUGGAGAGGGACAAAGAGGGAAUUAAAACAAUCCAUACGUCAAAAGUGGAUUAGAAAGACAACAUCUUGCAAUAAUAUGAUUAUAAAUUUGAACACUGCCAUCCCAAAUAAUAAGUUAUCUCAAGAUGCAGACGCAGUCAGUACUAUUCAUUGGCGUCUGCAUUCUGAGUUUUCUUUGCAUUAUAUCACUUCCCGUUUCUGCAAAUCAAAUGAAUGAAAAAUGCCAAGAAGCGAGUUCUUUGAUCAACAACAUAACUGCAUCGACACCUCGCGACGAUGACGGAUGUGUUAUGAAAUUUCGUACGAAGAAAGGAGUUUGUUGUUUGAUAGGAAUAAAGCUGAACCAACGGGAGCAUUUCAAGGGGAGAUUUUUCAUAGAAAAGCAAUGCUUUAAAUUCAAGUGUCUCUAUGGAAAGAAGAAGAAGUGGGAGAAAUGCAAAUGCAAAAAGAAUAAGGUAAAGUUGCCAAAGCGUCGCCCUAAACCUAAACCAACGACCACCAGAAAACCGACUACAACAACAAAACCAAAACCAAAACCUACGACACGAAAACCGAAACCUACAACAAAGAAAACGAAACCUACAACACUUAAACCGUUACCUACCACCCAAAAGCCAAAACCAAGUACACAAAAACCGAAACCUACCACACAAAAACCAAAACCAACGACAAAGAAUCCAUUUUAUGGAUGCCAUGUUCCAGGAUCUGAUGUUGUUUAUCUACCUGGCAUGGAAAUUCCAGAAUUAUCGACGAAAUGUAAAUCGGCAUACUGUAGCGAAAAUAGCGUCAUCGUAUAUAAGGCGGAAGAUUGUGAAGUAUCAAGUAAUCCCCCUAAACCAACAACACAAAAACCGAAACCUACCACACGAAAACCGAAAUCAACAACAAAGAAUCCAAUUUAUGGAUGCCCUGUUCCCGGAUCUGACGUAAUUUAUCCACCUGGUAUGGAAAUUCCGGAAUUGAAAACAAAAUCCGGUGAAAAAUGUAAAUUGGCUUACUGCAGCGAAAAUAGCGUUAUCAUCUAUAAGGAGGAGGAUUGUGUAUUAUCAGGUUUUCCCCCUAAACCCCCUACGACCACAAAAAGACCUGUAACAGCGCCACCUUUACCACCAGGGUGCACCGCCCCAGGAUCCGGUAAUUUUUAUCCACCUGGAGUCGAGAUAGCUGAAUUGAAGACAAGAUCCGGCCAUAGAUGUGUUUCGGCAUUUUGUGGCAAAGACGGAGUUAUCAAAUAUACCGAGGAUGACUGUUUUGACCCGAUGGAUUUUACCACUCAACCUUUGCUGGGAACAACGCCUCCUUUUCAUUUUACAACUUUAACGCCUGGAGAAGAAUAAUAUAAAGAUAUGGAAAUACAAAGUAUGUAAUUUUUGUAUAAACUUUUUAUAUCUAU